AGGCCGCACAUCUGCCACCGCCUCGACCGGCCGACGAGCGGGCUGCUGCUCUGCGCAAAGACUCGCCACGCACUGCUCGGCGUCUCGAGCGCCUUCCGCGACCGCGUAGUGCACAAGCAGUACCGCGCGGUGGUCUGCGGUAUCGUCGAGGGCGACGAGGGCGAAGUGGACUCGCCGAUCAUGCGGCGAGAGUCGCGGACGCGCUGGCGCGUGCUGCGGCGAGGCCGCUCCCUCCGGCUCGGCGGCGGGCACCUGACUGAGCUCGCGCUCUUCCCGCUCACCGGACGGACGCACCAGCUGCGCCGCCACUGCGCAGAGGUGCUCGGCGCGCCCAUCGUCGGCGAUUCAAAGUACGGCGGCGGCGACGCGGGCAGCGGCCUCUAUCUCUCCGCUGUCGAGCUCAGGCUCGCGCACCCG